GAGCCCAACAUGGCAACGCUCCGCGACAGAUGUUCCCCUAAAUCACCAAAUGUUCUUGUGGAAUACGACAGCACCAAGAAGGCUUUAGUGGUUACUCAUAAAAACAAAGAAGGCAAUGACCGUUAUGUGGCAUGUAUUACCUUCGAUAUCAAGCAGAAAUGCCAUGACGGUAACGACUUGUAUUUCCCUUGGCUCGUGUCACAUGUUCCUCUGGGGGCAACAAUGAGCCUUCCGUUAACAAUGUGUGGUUUGUCCGACAACACCGUGCUACGGAAAUGUGAGCCCACUUCGGCAAGAAGUGAUAACGCCUGUGUGGUAAGAGUUCAGUUCAGCAAGCCAUCAUCAUUUCCACUUUUCCCCUAUGUCGGUCAGACUACUCAGUGUGACAUGAUAGAAAUCACAGGUCUGGGACCAAGGAUGAACGCUGUGCAGCUGUAUCACAGGGCUGUGCUGUAUCACAAGUCAAGGAAGACUAAUCAACGACAGAUGAACAGGGCCACGUUUCUCUACCGGAACAAGCCCAAAGAUUAUUUCGAUGACAUUUUCCUGCGUCACUGUGGAAUCAUGAAGCCUUACGUGAAAGAUUUCACUGGAGACCCAAAAUGUCCCAUAAGCGGUAAACUGAAGGGCCUCUUUUUCAGUUCAAAUGUAGACAACAACACCAAGGAACCCUUGAAAAUAUCCGCUUUUGGUCCUUAUCGUUUCCAAGUUCCACUGACAGCUUUACUUGGGGAGCUUGGAUGCUGGAGGAUUUACUUCGCGGACUUUUACUGCAUGGACAAGAACAAUAGCAGUCAUCACAUUACGUUAGUGCUGUGUAAAGAGGGAACUGAGUCGGACGACAUCUGUAAAAAGUAUCUCUUGACCCUGCCUCCUGAAAACCCCUUUUUUCAAGUGAAGGAUUCUGGUUUUAUGGUUAGUUCACAUAUCUGGGUAGAGGUCAUUUACACAGAACCAAUCAAUGUCCAGAAAAUGUGGAGUUCCGGGGCAGUCAUGAAAACAGUGGAGUCAAAGACACGAUCAAUAAAAGCAGGCAUUCCUAAGAACUCAAGAUGCCUGAUUUGUAACCAUGCAAUGUACCAGUCAUGGGAAGCCUUGCCGGCUUAUUUCUGACUGAUCUUCCGCGGCAUGUGUCUUCUGAGAACGGACUUGACAAAUCGCAUGUACUACCGAAUAAUAGUAUUCAUUUUCACAAAGUUAAAUUAAUAUGUACAAGUUCAAAAAUGCACAUAGAAAACCUAGAUUUUACAAGUUUUCACAGAGGAACCAAACAUUGGUUUCUAGUCCGCAAAAAUGGUACGUGUCCUACCAUAUCAGUGUGGUCUGUUUGAGUGGAGAAAAAGGAUAUACCCAGUAAUCUUUCCUUCAGGAAUACGUAUGAAGGAAUUAACGCGGCAUUUGUUACUCGGUAAGCAACAAGAAGACGGGUCAUUCACUGUAUGUUCAAUGUUUGUGAACAACGUUGUGAACAAACCACAACGGAUAGAACACAACCUUUUUCGGCAAAUUACCGGACAUAUAUAUGCCGAGUCUAGUGGGGCGUAAUAAAUUUUCAGACUUCGUCCUAUUUUCUUGUGUGGAAGGACACAUAAUAAUAUGUUAUGACGUGAUUUACUUCACUGUAUGAACCAGUUUGGGCCAUAUUAUUUCCGGAUGAUUCAAUUUUGCUUCCUCACCUUGGUUUAAAUGUUAUAACCACAUACAUACAUACACAAGUAUAUGGGUUUUCCAUAUAAACAGAAAACCACACGUAAUAUACACGUACACACCCUAAAGGCCUAACCAGUUUUUCCUAUAAAAGGCGUCAAGCGUGUCAGUGAUGAUAUAGCUUAUAUAUACAAGGUGGAGUAAACAGCAGAUACGAACGUUUGGUGGUAAUAUAUUAUUGGAAAUACAUCUUGAACUCGUAGUUUAUUUAUCUGUUUCGUUGGCCCUUAAUACCGUAUGCAAAUAGAUUUAGUAAAGACAUGUCACAAUGUCACUGAGAGCCCAACAUAACACCAGAGAAAAAAUUAAAUUUAAUGAUAACAUAUGUAGUUAAACGCCGCAUUGAAGAAUUUUCCAAUUAUACCAAUGCCUCUGGUUUUACCUGUGGAGGAAAACGGAGUUAACGCCGUGUAAGUAAGUUACUGACGACCUUUCUCAGUGCAAUCAAGAGAAACUUGCACUCCGCCACGAAAAAGUGGGCCUUAAUCACCUGACAACAUUGACACAGGCUGCCGAUGCGCGGCUCUCUUCACCCUGUCGCCAGAUGUCGUCACGGUGUGAUCUCACACGUCACUUAUCUUUUUUUGAGAAUGAGUUUUGUAAUGUUGUGAUGUUCUCAACCUUAUCCACGGUUUGUAGUUUGGGUGUUUUAAGUUUAUGAAUAUGUCCUCAUACACAAGGCCUAUCAAUGAUACAUUAUUUAUAUAUAGUACUCACUUGGUCGAUGCCCAUGUACAUAUUGUGCAUAGUGUGUUUUUCUUUUCAAAUAAUUCUUUUUAAGAAUUAGUUGGGUAAUUAUUACGUUAUGAGAUGUUUUCAAUGUGAUCCAUAGUUUGCUAUUUGUUUUUUUUUUUUGUUCUAUUAACUUUAGUAUUACCUAAAUAGAUUCGUAAUGUUAGCAGUGUUACUAAAGCCAUUUACCUGCCAUUUAAACAAAUAUAUAUAUAUGAUAAGUUUAGCCAUUAUGUUAUCCAUUAUAUAUUCAGCCAGUACUAUAUCUUAGCUGAUGUUAUACAUUUCACCGAAUGUAAUUUUGGUGAAUUUAAUCACUUAUAAGCUGCUAUUAUUUCACAUAAAGAGUAAUAUCCCAAAGGGCAUUUUUAAUGCAUUUGUAGCAAGUUGUGUACGGUUUUGUGUAUGAUUUAUCAACAUGUUUCGGCAUAAUUGUGCCUCAUCAGUGCCGAAUAGGUGUACCAUUAACAUCUGCAGACAUGUUUGUCUAACAUGGAUGGAUGUUUCAUUGACACAUCUUACCAAGUUUUUCACUUUAAUAGCUCAACUGGCAAUUACUUUACUCAAUUUAUUGCAUCAAGUAUAACAAUUGUUUUUAUUCAGGACUCCCGAUUUAAUAUAUGGUGAAAAUAAUGGGACGGCGGGAUAUUUUUUUAUUCACAGGAGGUGGCGCUGGUAUGAGGAAGUACCUUUAGCAAUUGUCAUAUCACAAAUGCAUUGUAGCGCAACGUCUGCUCCACGGCUAUUAUAUGUUACAACUUAAAUGUAUGAGUUUUCAUUGUAACGUCUUACUGUUUUAAUGUGGCAUAAUCAUUUUGCCCUGGUAAUGGAACAUUUGAUGUCAGUAAAAUAAUUUCAAGGUCAUGCCUUUGUCGAGCCCCCAUUGUAGUUAACUUUGCUUACUGGUAUAGGCCUAUAACCUGACAGUACAGUUCUAAAUAUAUUUUUAUUGAACAAAAAAUCAUUUCAGCAUAUUUUAAUUAACUGAAUAUUUCAUAAUUAUUAAUAUUAUGUUGGUCAUAUAUUGAAGAUUGUUAAUACCGGGUAAGCAAUAAUUUGUAGUAAAAUGUAGAACAUAACAUUCUUUACAUCACUAAUGAUGAAAAAAUUAUUUCAUUUAAUAUAAAUCACUAAAUGCCUAAUUCCUGUCUACCUAUGUCCUUGUAGGUUUAUGAUGUUACUUAAAUGUAUGUACACUAGAUACAAACCAUACCCUUUGUAAUAGUUUGACAAGACAGCUUUUAUUUAGCUCGAUCUCUUCUUGUAACAGGUUUAUAAUAUUAUGUUAUUAAAUGUCUGUUUUCAUAUCGGCCUUGUUACAGUUCCAAGAUCUGUUAUAUUGGCCUGUGGUAGGCUUUAUUGACUAAGACGUAGUUGAAGGCCAAUGAAGCCUGCCUAGAACCAAUCAAUAUUACAGAUGGCGGGCCUAUAAAUAGGGCGAUGUGAAAACAGCAAUUUAAUAACAUUUUUAUUAAUGACCUGUGUAUUUGAUCUGGAAACAACAAAGCACGCUCAUAAAUAUACAACAUGUGUUAUUAAAACAUGUAUUCUGUAACCAACCAAACAUGUAAUGUGCCACACCUCAUCCAAAAAAAAGUGUGGAAUAAUUAAGGGACUUCAAUUUUCGGAUCUGAAUGUUGUUUAACACCUUACACAAGGAUUUUUCACAGAAAAUCUUCAUUUUUCCUCUUGUUCAGAUGUUUUUCAUUGAAUUAUUUUGAAUAAAUGUAUUCUUAUCGUCUUUUGUGACAGUUAUAAAUCUAGUUGAAGUUACGCGUGCAAUACAGGCUUGCUGAGAUAUUUACUCGCACAAAGACCGCUGCGUGAGUUAUAUGACUUGUCUGAAUAGGAAGUAUUACAAGCAAAUAGAUGUAGUAUAUAAAUAAUAAAACAAAUAUUAUAACCACUAAUAGGGUUAAUUUCUUUUUAUUGCAUUUUACCAGGUUACUACUACCCUAUAUUUCUUCAACCUUUUAACAUGUUCACCUGGUGUUUUAAGCCUAUUCUGAGGAGAUUUCUCUAUCUAGACUAAAAACUUGAUUUUCUCUGUGAAGCCUUGAUGUUGGCAAACCCCGUUAAACAUAAAUUUUAACCAUUGUCAAAGUUUCAAGGCAGAUAAAUUGCAUUCAAAGUUGUCCUCAAACAUCCGAAAAGGUGGAAGAACUAGGGUAGUUAUCUGGAAGGCUAUAUUACAUCUAUUAAUAGAUGGAAUUCAGAGCAGCAAAAGGUUGUAUAAUUUUUAUUAAGCCUUUUUGAAGCAUAAUGCCAUUCAAGUGUGACUUAACUUACAAUCACUCCGCACUUCAUAACCAUUAAUUGUAUGAGUUACUUAAUGCACUUUUAUUCCAAGGCUUUCCAAUACGUAUCCAGGAACUUGUCACAGGACAGAUGGUACUGCUUACAUUUUCCAGCUUUUUUUGUUGACCUACACCUAGUAUUAAAUGUACUUGUGUUUUUAACUUUGUGACUGUCUGUAACUGUGCUGGGAUUUUGUUGUCUUUCAACGUUUUUUUACCAUGGAUGUGUCACGGUUAAUAGUUUUCAAGUUCAAAUUAGCAGCCAUCUGCACACUUGAUUAAAGUUGUUUGAAGUUGAUGAUUUGACAAAGCAUGUGUACUGCUGGUUAAUGUUGCCUGAAAUAGCAGCGUAAUGUCAAUUUCUGAUGACAUGACCCAUUCAAUUAUUACUUUCCUCAAAAAUGUGGGCUAGUUUGUGAUGUGCUUUAAGUAUUUUUAUCUUUAGCAAAUUUAUUUAAUAUAAAAAUUAUUAUAUAUGUUAGGUCCUUGUGUGAACAUGAAAUUAAUAUUGAUAAAGUGUUAACGAAAAGCUUUUUAUUUGAAUACAUAUGGUUACAGUGCAAGUUGUUUUCACGUGAUAAGGGCCCAUUUAGCUCUAGACAGACUUUAUAAAGUUACUCACCUCACAACGGCAAAAGCAGAAAAAGGGAGGUUAUUUUGUAUUCAACUUGUGUUAUGAUAUUUUUGGCUGUUGUC